UGUUGUUAUUGAACUUUUGGAACCGAUGAGGACCUGCUGUCGUUCUUGAAGAAGGGUUAUAGUUGUGUGGAACGAUGAAGUGGUUGUUGAUAUGUAUCAUGCUGCCGGCAUGCCUGGCGCACCUCAAUGUUUACUUGAGCAGUGCUGAGGUUUGGCGAUUAUUGGGUCUCACAGCAGAGCUAUUCUACGUAAGAGACGGGCAGAUCAACUUCUACGCCUUGAAGUACGUCGUACCAGUGCCGGCCACUAUUGGGGAACUCCAUUUUACUUGGCAAAGUCUUGCCCGAAAACCGUUACCGUACGAAUUAGUCGUGGACGUUCUGUCGCAUCCAGAGGCGAUGCACCCGCCGACUUUCAACAUCUCCGACAAAGGUCAAGUACCAACGGAACCACAAACAUGGCGAAUCGACUUACCUUGUACGCAUACAGUUGCUGCAGAAGUGGAUAUAAUUAUCACGCUUAACGUCUCUGCUGGUCCGUCGUCUACCACACUUAAUUUCCGUCGACGAAAAAUUUGCCUUAAAGAAACUCCGACGCAGCAAAUUAGAGUAGACACUGCUCCCCAUGCUUCUACAUCAGCUGAUAUAUUUUACGCGGGAGUAGGAUGUGCUGGCGGAGCGCUUUUGAUAGCGGCCGUUGGCGCAGCUGCUUGCAGAGCACGAGCGAGGAAACUUCGCCGUACUAGGAGCGAUGAACAAGACGCACAUGCUUUCCUACCAGACUCCUCGUGCAAGUCCGCCGCCAGCUAUACCAGCUACCGCCGACCUGCUUCUCUACCAGCAGCAGCAGCUGAGGAGCGAGCCAGAGACCUGCAGCAGAGAAUAGCUGAGUUAACUAUCCAAAGAUGCCGAGUUAGACUACGGUCUGUGGCAAUGGAAGGCACCUUUGGCCGUGUUUACAGAGGAACUUACGCAGAUGAAGAUGCAAGGGAACAAGAGGUUCUCGUGAAAACUGUGGCUGAACAUGCUUCUCAAGUACAGGUAUCAUUACUUCUUCAAGAAGGUUGUAUGCUCUAUGGACUGCACCACGAACGCGUUCUUUCCGUUCUCGGCGUCAGCAUUGAAGAUCAAACUGCUCCAUUUCUUUUGUAUCCUUGGGGAGCUAGUUGGAGGAAUUUGAAGCAAUUCUUGUUGGCUUGUCGCGGAGUCACGAUAGGAGGUGCGGCUGGAGGAGCUCCUCCACCGCCAUUAACUACUCAGCAUGUUGUUCGAAUGGCCCUACAUGCCUUAGAUGGCUUGGCUUAUCUACAUUCUCAGCAUGUCUUACACAAGGAUAUAGCUGCUAGGAAUUGUGUUGUAGACGAAAACCUACGAGUGAUGAUAGCCGACAACGCGUUGUCAAGAGAUCUCUUCCCUGCAGACUAUCACUGUUUAGGUGACAAUGAGAACAGGCCUAUUAAGUGGCUAGCUUUAGAAGCACUGACCAAGAGGCAAUUCAGCCCAGCUGCAGAUGUCUGGGCCCUAGGAGUGUUGCUAUGGGAGCUAACGACGUUAGCCCAUCAGCCGUACGCUGAAGUGGAUCCAUUCGAGGUGGCCGCGUACUUGCGGGACGGCUAUAGAUUGCAGCAACCUGCGAACUGCCCUGAUGAGUUGUUCGCUGUAAUGGCGUAUUGCUGGGCAAUGUCCCCCGACGAUCGGCCCACGCUGCAACAACUCCAGAUAUUCCUAAGGGACUUCCACACACAGCUUACGAGAUUCGUGUAAGCAUUCCUCACUGCACCAAAAGAUGACAAUAAAAAACUUUAAAAUUAGUGAACAAAGUGAAAGGACGUUAGAGGCCUUAAAAAGUUACCCUCAAGUGUGUAUGACGAAUGAUUUCUAAGUGGAAAUUGAUUAUUAUUAAAGAGACUGAUUUUUAUAAAGUGUUUAUGAUUGUACAUAAUAGAUGUUUAUUUGUCUUCGCAUGAUUUUGGUUUGAUCUUGAAUUACUUAUUUGUACUGUGAAAAUAUUGCUUUGGGAUACAAUUGUGUACUUACGGCGUAGAAUUCACUUUGAUUUGAACAAAUACAUUGGCAAAUGAAAAAUGUUGAACAGAGAAUAAACUUAAUAAUCAAGUGCAUAUGCACCAAUCAUCAAUUCCCAAAUAUUUGUAGCUCAAACAAUAUUUUACAAGAUCCUGAACUUACAGAUCAAUACCUUGAUCAUGUGAGAAAAUACUUGUAUAUUAUUGUUUAAAACCUCAACAACUGCCAUAUUAGAGUAAGCUAUACUUAUGUACAUAUAGCCGUAGCUCCUCCAUGACUAUUAUAUUAUACGUAUAUUGAAUGUGCCUCGAACUUUAUUAAAGAUAUAGAUGUUUAUAGGUGUUUACAGUAUAAAGAAGUAAUUAAGACUGGAUUAGUAUCAAUUAUAUUACCUGGCUUUACAAUAAUAUAUAAUUUACUAUUCAAAGUCCGUUCAAUUCACAAUUUUCUCUUUGUUCUCGAAGAUAAACAGUAAAGUUUGUAAAGCGUGAAAAUAAAUCUAAACAGCAGCAAUGACCAGACUGUCAUUUACAAUUGAUCAAGUAACAUGAAUUGUUCUCUAUUGUCCUACUUUUAUCAAUUACAUCGUUUGUUUCAUAAACGAUCGUUCAUGCAAAUUGGUCAAUUGCAAUUGGUUGUCUUACUUCACUUUUACAGCUUUAUUCACACAUUUGAAUCUAACAAAGUCCAAAUUGUUCAUCGAGAUAUUUUAGCUAUUGUAUUAACAUUAUCGCAUAUACAAAGUUAUUAGUUUUUCAUGUUUGCAAAGAUCAGCCGGUUAAGCACGCAAGGCAAAAGAAAGCCUAGCCGGAAGGCUCAGUGAUGCCAUUUAAAACCACUGUUUUCAAAGUCAUAUAGCCUUUACUUCAAAGGUAAGCAAUUACACUUGAAUUCGUCACAUUGAUUGAACUCUAUUUUGUAAGGAAUGAUUCCCUUGAGCAGCAUGAGCACGAAACUCUAGGGGUUGCUCUUUGUUAUUUAACAUUUGCUUUAGUUCUUUUAAUUAUCCGUCAGAUAUGUGACUGUGUUGCCAUAAUAAAUCACUUUUGGCUGGUAAUUAAAACAAAGCUUAAACGGCAGCAUUGGGUCUCUCCUCACCUUCGUGCUCUCUCGGGUUAAUAAGUUUGGCGACAGAAAUGAUAUUGAUAGUGAACCUGAACUAUAUCAAAUUACUGCAGUCUAGGUUUUCCUUCCGUUAUUUUGUUUGAACAAACGACUGGCGUGCCAAACACGUUUGACAGUGCCAAACCACAAAUCAGAAACAAGCAGACGGUCAGUAGACUUAUUUUGGACUCUCAUAUUGGAAAUAACAAUUCCACGAGGUUUUAAAUUAAUUUUGUGUUUCUUACAUUUAAUUAAUUGUAAUCACAAUUUAUACAUAGACUGAUUAUUGUUUUUGUUAACAACGUGAAAUUGGGAGUCGACCGACUAAAGCACAUAAGUCAAAAUCAUUUGAUUCAACUUAAAUUCUAGUGGCGUCUUUUUGGACCCUUAUCAUUCUCUUCACUUCACCCUUCUUAAUAAUGCCGGAUUUAUAAA